GGCUCCACCCACAUUGCAACGCAGACAAGGGAACCUCCAAGACAAGAGGAGCAAGAGCUCCACUAAAUUAAACUGACAUUACACCGAGGAUUAUUUCACUUUGAGGACACCGAUUCAACGACACGUUUUAACUCGAGAUUUCUUCACGAACACGUUAUUCGACAGCGAUCUUGAGAGGUUUGGAUUAUAUUUUGAUGUGUUGCUGCCUUCUGCCUCUACAACACCAUAAGACGAGCGGCGUCAGAUAAAUAACGCCAAAGCAGCGUCCUUCCAGCAUCAUUUUUAACCAGGACGGUUUUAAAAUCCAUUUUGCCGUUGAUCUUUUUGGCUGCCGAUUGUUUGAUAACUUUAUUACGCAAUUUGUUUAUUUGGCUGAUAUUACAAUCAGCUAUACUUUUCCAGCCAUUGUCCUCGUCGGGGAAAAAGCGACGCCCUCAGGCCGCCGCUGGUACUGCAGGUGCCGGUGAGUUGUAAGUGAGACAUUGGGAGUCUGAAUAAUUUAAAGGUGGAAAAUGAGCUCGGAGGAGGCGGCAGCUCCAACUAAAACCGGCACGGAUGACGAUGGCAUGUCCUGGUGGUACCGCUGGAUCUGCAAACUGGCCGGUGUCUUGGGUGGCAUCUCAUGUGCAACAAUGGGCGUUUGGAACUGCGUGACUGUAAAUCCGUUAAACAUCGCGGCUGGAGUUUGGAUGGUGUUGACGGCGUUUGUGUUGUUCCUGUGUGAGGUGCCGUUCUGCUGUCAGUUCGUGGAGUUUGCAAAUGCUAUUGCGGCACGUGCAGAUCGUCUGAAGCCCUGGCAGAAAGCCCUGUUUUACUGCGGCAUGGCGCUGUUUCCCAUCUUUCUUAGCUUUUCCAUCACAACUCUGUUUGGUAAUGCCAUCGCGUUUGCUACAGGAGUGCUGUACGGACUCGCAUCCCUUGGAAAGAAAGGUGACGCGGUGAGCUACGCCCGAUUGCAGCACCAAAAACAGGGCGACGAAGAGAAACUGGCAGGAACGACAGACGACUCAGUGCCGUGAACCUCCACUCUUCACCUCCUCUACCUCCGUCGCGUCCUUUCCCUCUCUUUUUCCCUUCACGUAACUACAUGCAUUACCCGACUGAGUGUCUCACAGUUCGUUGGGAUGUAUUUAAGCUAACCUUUGACCUCUGACAGCGUGAGUCAGUCAGCGCAAAUCAGUUCUCUAGUUUCCUUACGUAGGAUUUAUUUAAUAAAAUGACUUUUGAGUAAUUUUUUUUGUUUGUUAAAUUGCGCUCUCAUGCACAGUAUUUAUAUUACGUUAUAAAAACCAACAUAGUUUAGUUUGUUAAACCAAAGCUGGAGUGCAAAUGAAUGCAUUAACUUCAGUGACCGUCUCUGUCUCUCGUAUCAAACCACCUCAACACCAGCGCAGGGAAUUGGAACUUUUGGCCAUUGGGAUUUUCUCCCAGAAUUCUUUCUUCUGAACAUUUAAGUAAAUCCUUUAAAAGAACAAACUAAUUUGUAUUUUAAUGUGUAGGCAUGGUAAAAAUGCAUUUUGGUGAUUGCAGGGCCUCUGCAGGGAUUAAAACAAAGUGUGUUUGUGCGUUUUGUGUGCCUCUGCUAACUGGCCUUUACCCAGAAUCCUUUGCUGCAGCAUGUUUGGUGUUCGUAAGAAUCGGUGGAAUGUAAUUUUGCUAUGCGCUGCUCUUAAAUCUAGCUGUCACUUUCUUUAUUUGAUAUUUGGAGUGUCUGAGAGUCUGAUCUGCGCUUGUUUUAUAGACAUUAAUCAGGUUAGAUGCCAUACUGAAUUUAACUCACAACUUUCAAAGUGUUUUACAUAUUACAUAUGCCGCUACCCUGAUUAAGGUCUAUUGAAAACCUUGUGUGAGUGUUUUUUUUGAAUGAUGAGGUGCAUUUCAAGCAGUUUACCUUCCGUCUUCAGGAACUUGCGUUUCUGUCUUUCGUCUCGAGCCGUGCGUCUCUUGCUGCAUUGAAGAAGGGCUUCUUUUCUGGAAUAAGAAACAACUGGGUUUGUUGAUGCUGUGAUGACGUGUUGUUUGCUUGUUUCUGCAUCUGUCUGAGCCAGUUUCAACACUGACCGCUGGUGUGAAAGCCAAUGAUACAAACUACAAGAGAACUAUAGUUUGGAGGUCAGAGUUCAUGUUCUUACUGUAGUGUUCACACUGUUACUGCCUUUUGUGUUUAAAGGGUGAAUUUCAUGAAAUUGGUCGAGGACGUCUAGAUUGUAUUUUACCUACAGAUCUCUUUCUUUUUUUCCAAUGUUUUUUUUUUAUUUUAUUUUAUAACAAUUAAACACAUUUAUUUAAAUUAAAAUACGACCAUUGUACUACAGGAAUAUACUUUGAGAAUUGAAAUAAAUCUCAAAGUAACAUGGUUGGAAUGUUUUUUGGGUUGGAAUGUUGGAAUUAUUUGCUACGUUACAAAUUAUUUGCUACAAUGUUACAUUGCAGAAAUGAAAAAAAAAUUCCUUUGGUUUUAGGGUGAAAUGUAUGGAAGCCUGUCACAAUUCUGAGUUUAUAUCUUACAAUGCAGACUUUUUGCAGGUUUAUUUCAGAAUUGUGGGAAAAAAUGAGGAAAAAGGUCACAAUUAUGAGAUAUUAACUGGCAAGUCAGUUGUGAGAUUAAAAAGUUACAAUUGCAUUUUAUGUUUUAUUCUUUUAUGUUUAAUCUCACAAUUUUGUGUCUUUUCUCAGAAAACUCUAUCUCAAAUUCUGAGAAAAAAAUAAUUGCAAGAAAUAUUUCAUUCUUAGAAUUUUAAAAAAGUCUGAAUUGUGAGAUAAAAAGUCGCAAUUACCGUUUGUUUUAUUCUGUAGUAAAAAAAGAAACAAUUGUGAGAUGUAAACAUUUGAUGAACAAUUUUGUGAAGAAAAAAGUCAGAAUUCUGAUUUUAUGUCUUGCAAUUUUGCUUUUUUUUUCUCAGAAUUGCAAGUUUAUAUUUCAAAUUCUGAGGAAAAAAUAAUUGCAGGAAAUAUUUUCUCAGAAUUCAAAAAUUCUGUAGUGAAAAAAGAAAACUGUGAGAUGGAAACUUGAAAUUUUGCUAAGUAAAAAGUCAGAAUUCUGAGUUUAUAUCUAUAAUUUUGCAUUUUUCUUUCAGAAUUGCAGGUUUAUAUCACAGAUUCUGAGAAAAAAAUAAUUACAAGAGUUUUUAUUCUCAGAAUUCAAAAAAGUCUGAAUUGUGAGAUAAAAAGUUGCAAUUACUGUUUGUUUUAUUCUGUAGUGAAAAAAAGAAACAAUUCAGAGAUGUAAACUUGCAAUUUUGCAAAGAAGAGUCAGAAUUCUGAGUUAAUAUCCCGCAAUUUUGAGUCUUUUUCUCAGAAUUGCAAGUUUACGUCUCAAAUUCUAAGAAAUAAAUUAUUGAAAGAAAUGUUUUAUUCUCAGAAUUCAAAUAAAAACUAGAUUGUGAGAUAAAUAAAAAUAAAAAAUGCUUUUUUCUGUAGUGUAAAAAGAAACAUUUGUGACAUGUAAACUUGCAAUUUUGCAAAGAAAAAAAGUCAGAAUUCGGAGUUUAUGUCUUGCAAUUUUGAGAAAAAAAUAACUGCAAGCAAUAUGUAAUUCUUAGAAUUUCAAAAAAGUUUUGUAACAUAAAAAGUCAUAAUUAUUAUUUUUUUAAUGGCCAAAUCAGGCUUCCAUACAAAAAUGUGAUCUGGGCAUGUUUGUGAGAUUCAUCCUUUUAGAUGCUCACAUGCUUUCAUGAAACUUUUCACAAAUGUUUUGCAUGAAUGUUCAGCAGGUAAAAUGAUUUCCACUAACACAUCUGUGGCUUGUAAUCUAGUUCAAUCUCCACCAGCACACAAACCAGCUCUAAUCUCAUGUACACCUAGACUUCUUGUAGAAUUAACUAUUAUUUAUCACUAACUCUAACUCAUUCUCCUGAAUGUGAAAACAUAACGAAACACUUCUCUAUCUGACAAACACACUACUGACGGAAAGAAGGGAAGAGAUUUUGAAACACCAAAAUUAUCCGGCACAACCUAAACUUGAAUUUGUCAUUAGCUGUUCAGCAGUGAUUUUGUCCCUCUGUGUAUUUGUGCUGGAUCAAUGACAUGUAACUGAUUGACUUUGCAAUGAUGUGUAAAAAAAAAAGGUCUUUUUUCCGGUUAUCCCAUGAGCUAAAUAAAGACUUUUGUCUCUGA